AUGUUUCCAAAUCGAUCCAUCGAGGAUAUGUCGUCAAGUAUGGAUAUCGUUGAAUCCGAAACGGGGUCUGAAGUGAGCAACAAACGCGAAGAAGUCAAUACUAGAAAUACAUCACGAUCACCUUCAAAAGCUCGGUCAUUAUCAGAUGGCGGUCAACCAGUACUUUCACCGUCUCCUAAAUUUCGCGAAGCAGAAAAGCCUAUUUCCAAAGAUGAUAGUACCAUCUCCGAAAGUCCGACAACACCAAGGCGACCUGCUGCCAUUGCCCGAGGUCUUUCUUUGCAGAUGCCACCAAAGGAGUUUAUGCCAGUCGGGUCUUCAGCAUAUAUCAAUCGAGUACCAUUGUCACCAAAAUUAGAUCAAUCACAAACAUAUGGGUCACCUACGAGUGUUUUACCUAGACGAUCUCGAGGUCUAGAUUUCUCAAGAGCUGCAACAAACCUUCAUCACUCUACACUCGCAGAGCAAUCAUCACCCGAUUCGUCACCUACUAUUACUGGCAGAGCUAUGAAUAUCCCGAACAGAAAGAAUGGAUUAAACUUUACCAGCGCUGGGGAAAGUUCUUUAUGGUCUCCCGCACCCAAUACGGAAAGAGUGAUGGCGUCCAACUCGCUUGGUAGUGUUAACAUGAUGGCCUCCGAUGAUUCUGAAAGUAGUUCAGACAACGAUGACAUGAUGGAAUCAGACGACAUCGACGACUCUAUUAUUACAACACCUCAAAUUAGCAGACUUACAGCACCUUUCGGCGGAAGUUAUAACCCAAGCCCUGGUAGCGCCUGGUCUGGACAAUCCCCUGCAGUCAAUAGUCUUAUGAAUUUUCAGUCAGGAAGAUUAAGAAGUGGAAAGAGUCGCAAAGGAUCGAGAAGUGGACCAAUGCCUAGUCCAACCUCCAAAUCACCUCCUAGUAUGCGCGACAGCAAUUACUUCAGCAGACCAAGACCUGUGGAUAAUUUUCGUUCGAGGAGAGAAAGUAUAAGCUGGGCUGCAAACCAAUUACAUAUAUCAGGAAGUGAAAGUGAUGAUGCUGGAUUGAAAUCCACUUUAGAGAAUGUAGAUGGUAUGCCUAGCACACCCGGAAAAGAUGGACAACGAGGGGUCAUUCGCAGAGUAGUGACCCGGAGGGGAAACAUGCUACCUAAAACAAAAGGGUUCGCACGUAUUCGAGCAGCUCUAGCUGAAGAGAGUGCACCAGUCGAAACAGAAGUUCGUAGAGAAGCAGAAGUUGUUCGCCAAACCCGCGAAAGUGAUAUGGAUCUCGAACCUUCCCGACAUCCCUCUAUAUCAACAAUAGAUGCGCGCUCGUCACCGAUUAUUGGCCCAACACAGGAUUCUCUAGAAGGUAUACCCGAAGAUGAUAUAAUGGCCGAUGCAUCUAGUUCUCAACUAUCUGGUAGCUUCAAGCAACAAGUCAUUCGCAAUUCCAAAGGCAAAGAAUUCUGGGAUUCUUUUAGUGAUGACAAUAAUCGUACACCACCUCCACCUAAUUUCAAUCAUCGCGGUUCUACUUCUGGCAUGAGUGAGGAUUUAUCACUAGAAGCUCAACUCUCCACGCCUCUUCAUCCCCAACGAAGCAAUUCUGAUUCCUCUCCCUCUCGCUCCUCUACUCCUCAAGCAUCCGAACCUAUGCGUAAAAUCACACAUAAACGACGUCGGGACGAUGAUCUCGAUCCUACAAGUUUUAAGAGACGGGCGGUUAGUCCUGGUAUGAGCGUACAUAAUAGCCCGGUAAUGCAAAGUCCGAUGCAAAGAGAUAUGGCUCCUUGGGGCUCAAGACCAAAUAGUAACGGGGAGCCUGGAAAUGGAAAGAGUGGAUUAGGAAAUGGUACAGCUGGGAUGGGAGGUAGGAGAAUUGGGUUUCAGGGUAUGGUAGACACUAAUGAUGGAUUGAUGAAAAUGAGUAUUGAAUAA